AGGUAUAUUACCAACAUGGAACUAAAUCAGUGGGCUAAACCAUCUCCGUUGCCACCUGAACUACCCCUUUGUUCUUGUCCACAAUGGAACUACCCCCACGUUACUCACAGCACGGACCAAUCAGCCGAUGCGCAGACAGGAAGUGCCCGCACGUCAUCCAUGGGUUAAAAAGCGCAGCGCGAAAAGACUCUCCCUCUUUUUCCAUGGGUUUGCAGCCCGUCAGGAGAGGCCCAUUUCACGUGAAAUAUCAGAAGAAAGCUGACUGGAAGUAGCUUUCGUUUUCCUGCAUCGAAAGUCACGGAUCGCAGUGUUCCAUCGUGCAUAGCAACAGCGCUGACUGGGAGAUAGAAAGCCUUUGAAGCUGACCGCGGAGUUUCGUUCUCCCCUUUCUUGGACCAAUCGGUUAAGAGGACGCUCUUGCCGAUCACCUCCUAAGAUCACCUCCUGAAAUCCCUCCCUUCCAACUCGUGAGCAGAUCAACCCCUCUGCUGCGGCCCGAGCUGACUGAACUUUCCCGAGGGGCGGACCGGUGGCAGAGAAGCGCUGCCCGACAGAAACCAAGCUGCGGUUGCCGUGGAAACGCCAACCUCCCUCGGACGACGCAUCUCACAAUGGAGAUCUUCUGGGUAAUCGGCUUCCUCCUGGGAUCAACCAUGGGCCAACCAUCCAGUGUAAUAGAGACAGGACCUCCAACCGGCACCGCUCUCCAAGACACACCUGGACUACUCAUCACACACUGUAAACUCCAUACACAACGGGUGUUCGUCCGACUCGAUCCAUGGGACGUGUACCGGAAACACAUUAAACUACCGCCUCAGAUAGGAGAAGGACGACAACAAGGCAGUCAGAUCCAUGACACAGUGAACCAUGCCAAACAUACCACAACCCACAUUCUUAAACAACUCGAAAAGUUUAUGGUGACUGAACAGGAUCUCGUCGGAAGUAAACGCCCGAAAAGAUUUUUAGGCGGACUCAUAGCCUCCGUGGCCGCGGUCGGAUCACUGUUUUCCAUAGGUCUCUCAGCGGCAAAUGCUGUUAGUCUGAAAACAAUUCAAAAGCAUGUACAAGAACUGGACUCUGAGAUGCCAGAAAUCCAGCAAAGGCUCCUCAUACAACAGAAACUACUGAACAUCCAGACAAAAACACUUCAAGGCACAGUAGUCACGGUUAACCUACACUCUGCCCUUAUAAACAACACCAUGCAUGCACUGGAAACACUGACAGAAGUGGUAAAGAAUGAUCUAAUGUACACGCAAGUUGUGAGAGAUUUAAUGCAGGAUCUCAUCCAAGAGGUUGGUGAAUCGGUAAACAGCCUAGCUGAAGGAAGAAUCCCUCCUUACUUAGUCCCUGUGGAACUAGUAGAGAAUGUGCUGAAAUCCGCUGUCACUGGUGCUCUGCAAUCACCGCAAACUCACCUGGCUUAUAGCUUAGGUAGUGCAAUACCACUCUUUGUAGAUCCCGAUAACUUAGAAAUCGGAUUCAUGUUAAAUCUCCCAAUCAUUGAAAGGGCUAAUGUGUAUAGACUAAAAUCAGUACUAAACGUUGGAUUUUGGAGAGAUAAAACCCACGUCCACCUAAAAACUCCGUCCAUGUUGGCUUUCAACGACGCCAACCCACAGCUUUAUUUGGUCCCUAACCUAGACUUAUGCACCAAAACUAAAGAAAUCCACUGGGUCUGCCCCAGCAACCCAUUCCUUAGAGAUGUAACAGACCGCCUCUGCGGACUUAGAAACGAAUCCCCAGAACAAAACUGCCAAGCUAAGAUGACUCUAAAGGAUGCAGGAGUAGAAACAAUGAUAGAGCGCGCAGGUAAUAAAUGGCUAGUGAGUACACCAGCUACCGAAGCACUGCUGUCCUACGAACUACACGACACAGUCACUAGAAUUCACCUUCCCAAUCAAACAAUGUUGAUUUCAGUUCCUCAAGGCGCCGUGAUCCAAAUUGGUGACAUAGUCUUACACCAUCUCAAUGUCGAGCGAUACGACUCAGAAAUUGAAAUUCUAGAUGUCUUCAAAGGAUAUAACUUCAGUAUUGAUGUCGAAAUUGAAAAACAACUCCUGGCAGCAGGCACUCAGCUAGUUAAAUUUAGUCUCACACCAUCUGAACUACUCUCCACCCCACUUUUCCAUUAUCGUCAAGACAAUGCUUGGCCGAAUACCCACACCAUGUCUAUUCCGAUCAUUGUUUUCAUCUUCGGUUGGGUCAUCACUACGAUAAUGACGUAUAAGGCAUACCAAAAGGUAAAGGUGUUACAGCAUAAAGUCGAGCACCUCACCUAUGUGGCCCCCAGAUUCAUAGCGCCAUAACGUCAAAACAUAGAAGAAAAAAAAAAAACGGAAAAUGACGGGCUAUGAAUCACAAGUAGUUUAGUGAGUUUUUUUUUUUUUUUAUCUCUGUCCCCUUUGCAUGUUUCUUUCCUCCCUUCUCUUGCUUAAAGCAAAUAUGCUGAACCAAAAUGCCACAUGGUUGCUAAUGUACAACAAAUGUCUGUGUUUCAAUGUUUGGUGACAUUACAAUGAGGUUAGUUAGCUAGCUAGCAAUACACUCGCCGAGCACCUGCCUCCUCUCCCUGAGCCAGCACCCACCUCUAACGAACGGCCAACUGCACAGUGGACACCUACACGCAACCCUGUUGGCAAUAUGGAUUAAUAAACUGGGUUAGCUUUAAAGACUGAAACGGAUAUCCACUCUUCAAAGCUAAAAGGGGGGAAUAUGUUGAGGUAUAUUACCAACAUGGAACUAAAUCAGUGGGCUAAACCAUCUCCGUUGCCACCUGAACUACCCCUUUGUUCUUGUCCACAAUGGAACUACCCCCACGUUACUCACAGCACGGACCAAUCAGCCGAUGCGCAGACAGGAAGUGCCCGCACGUCAUCCAUGGGUUAAAAAGCGCAGCGCGAAAAGACUCUCCCUCUUUUUCCAUGGGUUUGCAGCCCGUCAGGAGAGGCCCAUUUCACGUGAAAUAUCAGAAGAAAGCUGACUGGAAGUAGCUUUCGUUUUCCUGCAUCGAAAGUCACGGAUCGCAGUGUUCCAUCGUGCAUAGCAACAGCGCUGACUGGGAGAUAGAAAGCCUUUGAAGCUGACCGCGGAGUUUCGUUCUCCCCUUUCUUGGACCAAUCGGUUAAGAGGACGCUCUUGCCGAUCACCUCCUAAGAUCACCUCCUGAAAUCCCUCCCUUCCAACUCGUGAGCAGAUCAACCCCUCUGCUGCGGCCCGAGCUGACUGAACUUUCCCGAGGGGCGGACCGGUGGCAGAGAAGCGCUGCCCGACAGAAACCAAGCUGCGGUUGCCGUGGAAACGCCAACCUCCCUCGGACGACGCAUCUCACAGUAAAAUCAAUUUACCUUCUUUUGAUGCAUCAGAAUUGCUGUGCUCAGGCGAGAGAAAGGCAGUUUAGGGUUUUUAAUUAAUGCUGAUGUUCUUUUUUUUAUCUGUGCUGAUUAAGGGUUUGUUUAUUUGGUUAAAAUAAGUGUGUGCUUUUUCUUUCUUUCUUGGCUUUCCUGUCGUCUCCGUUGUUUCUGCUUUGAGAUAGAGAUAAAGUUAUCACGUUCAGCCACGUGGGGUCCCGUGGUCGCCGCCAUCUUGAUCACAGGUCGCCCCCCCCAUUUCUCUUUGUUCCCCUCACCGCGUGGAGAACAAAGGGGGGUGGUCCCCAUUUAGCCACAACCAUUCACACACAUCAUUACAUUGCC